AACAGGAUAUAAUAUUCACGUUAUAGUUAUACCAGGCGAUAUGGAGGAGAAAUAGGUCUAAUACCACUAGCUGAUCCAGUGAUUUACUUUGGGUGAAGGGGCAGGAUGAGGGUAAAGCAAAAUGUAUGUCUGUGUGUGUGUGUGCGUGUGUGUGUGUGUGUUUGUGUCGCUAAUUCGCUCGGCGAAUAUAAAACAUCAGACAAGGACAAUAUGCCACCUGAUAAAUUAUAGUCUGUCCAUCUGAGGAAUGAAAUAACAAGAGGUACGUGCCCCCCUCCUCUCCUUCGCCGUCGGACCCUCCUUUGUCAGUUAUUACAAUGCAAAGCCAAGUUGAAUAUUUACCUCGGCCCUAUUAGGCCCACCGUUAAGUACUAUAUAGCUAGUAGGUCACCGUAGUAUGUGUAGCGAUGCAACAAAAACACCUGCAUAUCCAAAUGACAAGUUCAUCAUGGUGUUAAUCCUGGUUCAGGUGAAACUACAGAUUGGCAACUUGAUAGUCUGGCUAUUUGGUGGGAGAGUCUCUUUCAAGUAACUCUACAGCAGGGGACCAGCUUGUGAAAGGGAGUAAAAGCCCUGUUGCGCAUUGUUCAUGUUAAGCUGGACGGCCCAGUUAAGUAUCACGAUAGUAGACUGAAUAAUUGGUGUGGGUCUUGUGCCGUCUUUGAUUGACAUCAAGUUUCAACAGUGGCAAUGGCCUACCGACGGUUUGAAGGUGUUGAUCAAACCGCAAAAUACGCAAGAUAUAGGCCUAUGUGGCCGAGCCAUGUUGCUGAACGAGUACUGAGUUACCUAGAGGAAAAGCUCCCCGCUCCUCACGACCGAGCAGUGGACGUUGGUUGCGGUUCAGGACAGUUCACACAACUCCUGGCCCCUCACUUUAACCACGUGACCGGAAUUGACGUCAGUGACAACCAGAUUCAUGAGGCGCGAAAAAUGAAUCCUUACGAAAACAUACAAUUUAAAACCAGCCCGGCUGAGAACCUGCCUGUAGAUAGCCAAUCUGUGGACAUAGUGACUGGUGCUAACGCCGCCCACUGGUUUGACUUGGACAGAUUUUUUGCUGAGGCUGACAGGGUUCUCAAACCGAACGGUUGUAUUGCACUGGUGGCGUUUACAAUUCAUGACAUCACGGUGGAUGCGAAUUCCAAUGGUGCAUUGCUUACACAGCUCGUGCGAGAUUUCAAAAACACUUUGUUCGAUGCAAAUUGCUGGGCUAAACGGAAUAGUGGGCAGUGGGAGACAUUAAAAGACGUUUAUGUGCCAUUUGCAGACAUCCUAAGGGACAAUUCUCUUACCCUUGAGUAUGAAACAACUCUGGCAGACUUCCUUGGAUACCUGAGUACAUGGAGUGGUUAUGUGACAUAUGAAGAGAAAUAUCCAAGCGGCACUUUACUGAAAACUUUGGAGAACAACAUGCUGAAAGCGCUAGAUACUACCUCACCUGAGACAAAAGUGCACAUCAAGCGCCCAUUGUACAUGUUACUGGCGCGAAAGCCAGGACCUUGACCUUGACCUUGACCCUUAGUAAAUACAUGUAGGGGAGAAAAGAAAGAAACUAACCAACGUUGUAAAAACUGCAAGCAAGAUUAUCGGACAGGAUCUACCCAAGCUGGAUGAUAUUU